AAUGGAAGACUCAAGUGGGAAAGAAAGAAGCGUACUCAGGAGGUCUUCCUGCACAUUAGAUACACGAGCAAGAUUAUGGAAGCCUUCUCUGUCAGGAGGGUCAUCCAGGACGCACUGAAACGCGUGGUAGGGGAGGAGGCAGACUCCUGGCUUGACGACACCAUGAUCGGCUGGACGUACAACGACCCGAUCGAGGCAUUCGUCUGCAGACCGAAGAGGACCUUCAAAGACUUCAAUCUUGAACAAUGGUCUAGGGACUAUGACGCUGCACGGUGCCCCUGUAGGUUACUAAGGUACCUCGCGCUCCUCAGCGACAUACCGACUGAGGUCCUUCCAGAAUCAACUCACCAGCAUGUGGUGACCAUGAACCCAGACAUCACCAAUAACUAUAGGCUCAGAACCAUGCCGAAGCAAGGACUCAACCAUGUUCCAUUAAAAGCCUUUGACAUUGAGGAAGCCCUCUACGAGCUGGGACAGUUGCUCGACAAGAUUGCAGAAUGCAUAGAUGACGUGGCGCGACUUUGCGAUAGGAAGAGGAAGUUGGUGAAGAAGUUGGCACUUGACAAGGCGAGGAAGAAGAUGUGCAGCUACUGGGAGAAGCACAGGCACAUCUUUGUUGAGCCCAUCGGCCAAGCCAAUGUGAAGACGGAAAUCGAGGUCCUCACUGGGAGAUUCCUGGUUACUGCCAAAGAUAAAGCCGCGAACACCCCAACCUUCGUAUGCGAUAACAUUAUUAGAGAAUUCGCAGUGAAAAGGCUAUCGAGUCCUGACUUUGUCUUACUGCACGAGGAACCUGAGCUAAUAGAAGCAGCCAUCCAUGCGGAGACCGAGCACCUGGUAGUGCUACCUCACGCCGGAGCUUCCCUUCCAUACCUCAUGGCAGUCUUCAAAGCGCACAAGUGGUCCUUUCGUUGGAUCACAAACACGGCGAAUUCUGUUGUCUCGUCCAUGGCCGAGCUCUGUGCCUGCCUGCUCUGUUUCUUCACCCCCUCCGUAAGAGAAUUAUGCAAAGAUAGGAGCAACUUAAUGGAGGCAGAGUACGACGUCAAACCCAAUCUUUGGUGGCCUACUUCUUCGGUCGGUGAGAUUGCUGCUAACCUUGCGACAAUCCUCACACCAGAGUUCUCUGCUGAUAUUACUAGAUGCUUCGAGUUGAUCCCCACUGACACACCGGAGCACAGCCUGGUUGUUGCGGUCAUAUUCUUCGUGGAAUGCGCCAUGAAACACAAGUGUGAUUAGAGCCCAAGGGACUCGGUUAAGGUGCGGGUCUCCGAGAGCGGCGCGUUGAUUCCCUCGUGGGCAAGCAGGCAUCUUUGCCCCACUGA